AUAAUGACUAUGGAUCCGGCUGUAUUGGAAUACGUGGAACAUCUUCAACAAAAUGUUGCUGAAUUACAUCAAAUGGGACGGGAAUGGGGGAUGACAGACGAUGAAAUGUCAGAUUGUAUUGAGAGAGUGCUCAGAGAAAAUGAAAAUGUCAUCGUAACCCCACCCCGAAAGUCUACAGCAAGGCGUAUCUGGCGAUGCAUUGGUUACACACCACUGGUUAUAUCCUGCUUGAUUUUGGCUGUAUUGCUUCUUAUGGCAGGGUCAUCUCUCUUAUUUGUUGUGGCCCCUUCUGCUGAGCAUUAUUUGUCUGGGAAGCUUCAACCAUACGGUUAUACAAUUUUCAGAACCAUACGACUCGCAACUCUCCCUCUCCACCGCUAUUUCAACAUAACUAGUCUGUAUGAUGCAGAGUGCCUUGUUGAAAAUCCAUGGUACGAAGAGCCCACAUUUGAAUGUAACUGGUGUGAAAACAUUAAGAAUAUUGAAAGUUUAAAUGACACUAAAGACCAUGACUUAAUUGAUGGAUUUAUGAGACAAGCCAGACCGGUUGUUUUUAAGAAUCUGGCAAAUGUGGUCAACUUUGAGGAUCUUCGAACAUUGUACAGAGAGAACAAGAAAGUCCUGGACAAUGCAGCUUUCUUCAAGUCCAAUAUCCCAGGAAUGAGAUCCAUCCAGGAACUCUUUGGUGAUGAAGUAGAUGAGAACACCUUGAUGAAGGAUGGAACAACUAUUCACUGGGUGACAAGAAACAUGGCAGGUAGUCAGGUGAUAAGAAAGUUGUUCCCUCGGCCGGCUUUUAUUCCACCAGAGAGUGAAGUGACGCUAGAAAGAGUUAUCUUCAUUGAUGGACAUAAAUCAGAUCACUAUGAACUGGUGGUGUUGCCGCUACAGAUGGGAUAUUAUAUCCAAGCCUCAGGAAGUCACAAAGUCAUUGUCACCCCUCUGAAACAUUGUAGAGAUGUAUGCAACCCCAUGCAUACUGUUCUAAAGGAAGGAGACAUAUUGAUGUAUAAUCCCUCCAUUUGGAAGGUAGUGGUGAUGCCUAACUUCCAGAAAAAGCUCAGCAUUGGUUACACUGGAUCUUUUUCAUUCAGUGGAUUUGACUAUGACUUAAAGGAGGUAGAGGACCCAGAAAUUCAACCAGAUCCUGAUGCCGAGCAAGAGGAAUCAGUGGAGGAAGAAGACGGAGAAAAAGAAUAAAACAUAGACGGCAUUCCUGUAAAUCAUCAAAUGUAUUCUCCACCUCGUGUCUUAAUUAUAGAACUGUUGGCAUUUAAAAAAGAUACAAAAUACUAUUCAAAAACUGUUAAUAAUGAAGGAAAAGCCCUAGACUUAUCAACAUUUCAAUUUUUGCUGUGUACUGAAAAAUAGAGCUGAAAAUAAAGAAGACACGGAAUCAGGAGUUAUUUUUAAUGAUACACACAGGAAACCAAGUUUUAUUCAUUUAUAGGUUUUAUUGUUUAUAUUCAAGCUUUAUAUAAGUUA